CGAAUUUUUGAGUCACCAUAAUUUUUUGAUACAAAUAGAUAUUAUCAUCAUAUGUACCUAUUUCUUCAAAAACACUUCCACUGUAUGAAAAUUUUACGCGCAAGUGGGUUGAUGAUCCGAUUAAAUUAAUUAAAAAAGGAAGUGCCCAGUGCUAAUUUACGAUUUAGAAAUGGCAAACAUUCCUGAUUGCCCCAUGAGCCUGAAAUCAAUUCAGCAUUAUUUGAAGACUGCAGCAGAACACGACAACCGAGAUGUGGUUGUAGCAUAUUGGUGUCGCCUUCACGCUUUACAAACCGGCCUGAAAAUAACUACCAAGAAAACCCCUGAAGAAACCAAAGUUUUAAUGGCUCUUAUGGACUGGCUUGAAGAAAUAAAAAAAUCUCAUGUAGACAAUGAAGCAAUCAGCAAUGAUGUAGCAGCCCAGGCCCAUCUUGAAAACUAUGCACUGAAAUUGUUUCUGUAUGCUGACAAACAGGACAGGGAACAAAAUUAUGGAAAAAAUGUGGUCAAGGCAUUUUAUACUGCGGGUAUGAUCUAUGAUGUUCUUACCACAUUUGGUGAACUGACAGAUGAAGCUUCUCAGAAUAGAAAGUAUGCUAAGUGGAAGGCUGCGUAUAUUCAUAACUGCCUUAAGAAUGGAGAGACACCCGUACCAGGUCCAAUGCAGUCAGAAGAUGAUCAAGGCAAUGCAGGGAUGUCUAGUGGCAAUCAAGAAGCACCUUCGGAUCCACCUCAACCUACUGAUUUCACAAGUAACCCUCCAGAAACACCUCCCAUAGCACCCACAAGCUUCAAUAGCUCGUUACCAGAUCCAAAUGCAGUAUUAAGAGCUGCAUCUCAAUUACCCCCUGUUCCGUACACUCCAGAUCCAAAUCCAGGUGGUUUUGUGCCAUAUGACCCAACCCAACAACCUCAACCACCUCAGCCAACCACCUUUCAUAGUGACACUACCAAUUUGCCAACUCUUACACCUGAUCAAAUAGGAAAAGCUCAGAAAUACUGUAAAUGGGCAAGUAGUGCUUUGAAUUAUGAUGAUGUUAAAACUGCUAUUUAUAAUCUUAAGAGUGCUCUGGAGUUACUGCAAACNUAUCGUUGUUUUAGAAGACGACCUGACGAUGAUGUAGCGACGUGCGCUGACAGGCGAGGCAGCGACAAACUUCAGUCGAGCUCCCAUCAGCUCGAAUGUCAACAUGAUAAUAGUCUCGCCAACCGAACACAGUUUACAUUACAAUUCGGGUACAAGGCGUGUGGAUAA